UCCAUCUACCCCACCACCAGCUGCUUCACCCCCAGUAGAAGAGGAUGAGGUCUUCCCCGACGAUUACGAUCCUUAUGAGGGAGCUCCAGCGACUCCGAUCGAGGCAGAACCUCUUAUCCAUGUACAUGACACCGAGUCGCAGGGUGAGAUUCUGUCCAUAGAGGCACAACCUGCAGUGGUUAAGAGUCGGAAGAGGAAGAGAAAGCCUCCUGUAUGGUUCGGUGACUAUACGGAGAUGAAGAGGAGACAUAGGCCAUCUUCGACUUUUGAUCCCCUGGAGCCACCGGAUGAGAAAUUGUUAACCACUUUCCGAAAGUGGUGUGUUGGACUCAUUCCGAACCACCGACUUCGGGAUUUGAGAAGUGGUGAUUACGGUCCAGGAUUCUUUUGGAUAAUGCUCACACCAAAGGAAUGGCUUACAGAUGACCAUAUAGAUGCAGCAAUGCAUAUGCUGAGGAGGCGACGCACCGACUAUCCACUGACAUUUCCUCAGAAGGGUAUCAUUCUCUCCACAUUCGUGACCGCCAUGAUCAGCAGUGCAUGGACGAGCCACAAGGGUCCGAGGAAAAACUUUAAAUGGGAGGAUUAUAUCCUGGACUACUGCACAGGGGCUCAUAAGUCCCAAGUCUUUGAGAGAUGGAGGGGUAACGAGUUUAUUUACUUCGUUCUGAACCUUCCCACGGCAAGGCACUGGGUCACAGUUGAAGUCGACAUAGAGCUGUGGAAAAUUAAUGUCUACGACUGUGAUUCCAGCGUCUGUCAUUGGACCGCCUUGGAACCCAUCAUGAAGGUUUGGGCAGAACUGCUACCCUCGCUACUCCUUGCAACCGGGGAAUUUCCACAUAACAACCAGAUCAUGGCGUUAGCUAACUGUGACAUCACGGUGCUUCCAAAAAUGCACGCGACUCGAGCCACUCACGACUUAGUUCCGAAGUCGCAAACUGUGCACAUAGCGAUAAAAAAGUACUAUAUUCUAAAUAUGGCCACAAGAAAGAACGGCAAAUUCUCCAUCCUAACUCCUGAAGAGCUGAAGCAGGAGCCUGAUGUUGGCAUAAUUACUCCUGCAAUGCAGAAAGUUUUGGACGCCGAUCGAGCUUUCGAAAGAGAACGAAAUCGUAACGAGUUCAGGUUCAUGCAACUUGAAAGAGAAUUUUGCAAAACUGGUAGUAUUUCAAUAUUACAACCCAAAAUUUUGGCUCUUUUGGUAGGACUCAAUUGGGCUCAUUUCCGCGGAGUCCCAAUUAAAGAGAUCUUUUUCUCUGAAACCCACAACGGUUUUUGCUCAGAGGAAGAUGGUUUUGUGUUUAAGAUGUUUGUUUUGAUCGUUGCGUUGUGA